CUGUAUAAUAUAGGAAAUUUAAAGUUUAUAUAUAGAAAAUAUUCUUAUAUAUAGCAAAAAUAAUUUACGGACAAACGGCGCCUCAUAGUAGUCAGCCUCAUAGUAGUCACUUCCUAAAUUAUACGGUUUUUUUCUAUGGUUGUCAACACUGUAAUUCGUUUUGUUGUUUUUGGUUAUGGGUCAUCAAAAGUGAUAUGCUAGGUGAUUAUUUAUCGUUUAAAACAGAAAUAUUUUGGAAUAGAGUUACUACAGCGGCAACAACAUGAUACGUAGUAUAAUACUUUGCUCUCUGCUCUUUAGUUUUGUGUUUGGUGACUCCACAACAAAUUUUGUGCGGGUUCCUUUGGAGAAAUUUAAAUCUGUUCGUAGAACAUUGGAAGAUGUGGGAACGCAAGUUAAACAAGUUCAACUACGUUAUACUGCUGGAGGACCAACUCCUGAGCCUCUCUCCAAUUAUUUAGAUGCUCAAUAUUAUGGAGCCAUUAGCAUUGGAAACCCUCCUCAAAAAUUUAAAGUUGUUUUUGACACAGGAUCUUCUAACUUAUGGGUUCCUUCCAAGAAAUGUCAUUAUACCAACAUUGCUUGCUUGCUACACAAUAAGUAUGACUCUUCUAAAUCAUCAAGUUACAAGAAAAAUGGUACCAAUUUUGCAAUUCAAUAUGGAUCCGGUAGCUUGAGCGGAUUUUUGUCCACUGAUGUUGUUAAUGUUGGAGGUUUAGACGUAAAGGACCAAACUUUUGCUGAAGCCAUGUCCGAACCAGGUUUAGCUUUUGUUGCUGCCAAAUUCGAUGGUAUCUUAGGUUUAGCAUACAGCAGAAUUUCUGUAGAUGGUGUUAAACCAGUCUUUAACAACAUGAUUGAUCAGGGAUUAGUUUCAUCGCCUGUGUUUUCUUUUUAUCUUAACAGAAACCCUGACGCUCCAUCUGGCGGCGAAAUGAUUAUGGGCGGAUCAGAUCCAAAAAAAUACAAGGGCGACUUCACAUACAUACCCGUAUCGAGACAGGCUUACUGGCAAUUCAAAAUGGAUUCGUUAAAGAUUGGCUCUAAAGGAUUCUGUAACAACGGUUGCCAAGCGAUCGCCGAUACCGGUACCAGUUUGAUUGCCGGCCCCGUAGAAGAGAUCGCCGCAAUCAACAAGGCUAUCGGAGCGACCCCGCUCGCCGCUGGAGAGUGCAUGGUGGACUGCAACUUGAUUCCGAACCUACCGAAAAUCGACUUCGUGCUCGGCGGUAAAUCUUUCACGUUGGAAGGAAAGGAUUACAUAUUAAGGAUCUCUCAAAUGGGCAAAACAAUGUGCUUAUCUGGAUUUAUGGGAAUCGAUAUUCCACCACCAAAUGGACCUUUGUGGAUUUUGGGUGAUGUAUUUAUUGGAAAAUACUACACCGAAUUCGAUUUGGGCAAUAAUCGCGUAGGUUUUGCUGAAGCUGUUUAAAAAAUGUUAGCUAAAUAUUUCUUGUUUUUUUUUAAUAUGUGAACAAUUAGUGUUGAAAUGUUUUUGAAGU